GUGAAAAUGUGUGCAAGAACGACAGGAAAGUACAAGGAAGAAGUUCGUGGACCAAAAGAGGAGGAGGAGCCACAACGUCAGCCACUGGAUGCUGUGUUCAAUCUGCAUCCUCAACUUGUCCAAUGCACAGCAGCAAUGUUGGUCCAGCUGAAGCAAAAGCAAUUACCAUGGAAAUGAAGAGACUGGACAAAGGAGUAACACCGACGAACAUCAGUAAAGACUUGGGCUUCAGUUGGUCGACUAUGGCAAUCAUUUAGGACAAAGCCCAUUUUUAAUGAACAUGAAGGGUUUCACCCCUUUUAGGGAUGCAGUGAUUACAAAGCAACCAAUAAGGGCUACCUGCACAUUCCUCCUGAACAAUAACUAAGCAUAGCCUUCCCUCAAUCUUUGGCACCCACCUUUCACAGUAAUGGUAAGUACAGCUUCCCAUUUGUUAUUUUAAAUCCGCCCAUCCAUCCAUCCGUAUUCUUAGCUGCUUUUCCUCUCGAGGGCCACAGGAGUUCUGGAGCCUCUCCCAGCUGUCAACUGGUAGGAGGCGGGGUACACCCUUAACUGGUUGCCAGCCAAUAGCAGGGCACAUCGAGACAAACAGCCGCACUCGCAAUCACACCUAGGGGCAAUUAAGAGUGUCCAGUUAAAGGGCAACUGUCAUGAAAUGGAUGAUUUUUAGUAUGUUAUUAAUGAAAAAAACGUCAGCCAAUAUGGGCCCAUGCGUUUUUUCACCAUAAAACAUGAUUUUGACGUAUAUAGCUCUUUGUAACUCCCGCCAAGAAAAUCCUCUCGAGGGAUUUGUUUUCAAGAAGAAGCAGGAAGUGACGUAAAGGACAGCGGCUCCCCCAAGUGGACUUGUUUCUUUCCAUUGGUUUUCCCUCCGGGAAGGUAGCUCGUUGUUCCUUCGUGUUAGCCAAAAUGCCGGCUCAUUGCAUUGCUGGACAUUGCUUGAACACUCUGGAGAAUGGAUUUAUCCUUCAUAAGUUUGCAAGAGAGCCGGUUUGUUGUGAAAAAUGGAUUGCACGGGUGUAGAGGACGAGGGCUUUGUGGGUUCCAAAUAACAGGUAGGUGUGUAUAUAGCUACUAAAAAAAAUAAUAGUUUGGGGCGGAUCACGUAUUCAGUCUCUCAUAACGGAAAAGAUCUGUGUACGAAAUAUGUAGAUGUGCGCGUCGGACGGCGUCGGGCUGCUGCGCGGACGGCAGCGAAUCUGAAGAACCCAGCCAAGAAUGCCUCACUCAGCCGCGUGUGCUCAAUAAAGUGCCCCGGCUCGACUGUGUUGUUCAACGCGUACUGCGGCGUCCAUUAACAAACCGCUAAAGCAGCACCGCUCGGCUCAGUCAUAAGCCACACCGGUUGGCUGUGAUGAGCCGCGAUGGCUCAUCUCCGCCGCGGAAGUGGAUCGGACGGGGAUGCAGUUUGGCUGUGAUCGCAUAUCAUCUGAAUAUGGCUCGAAACAAUAGUGUAAUAUUACCCCAAGUGUUCAAAAUAAUAGUGUAAUAUUGCCCCAGUAACUUCACUCGGUUGUGUGGUGUUCUCCUUUUUGAAAAGAGCUCCGUGUCAGAAGGGGCGCGUUUGUCUCCCAUAGUUAGGAUGUAUCACGUGUUUUCAUUGGCGAAUGUCCGGGUGACGUCACGGACGGAGGAUGCAGCCAAUAUGGCGACCACUUAGAUAUUGUAGAAUGACACUUCUGCAACUUUACGCAUGGAUGAUGCGCUCUCCGAGAACAUGCAAACCCGACACAGGGAGAGUCGGGAUUGAACCCGGGUCCUCAAAACUGUGAGGCCAACGCUUUACCAGCUGAGCCACCAUGUUGCCUUCAUUUUUAAUGUAUUUUUCUUUUUUUAUAUUAAGUAUUUUGAUGUAAAAUUUUAUUUUAAAUGGUAAAAUCAGUCUUAAGCCGAAAUUCGGGUUAUGUUAUCAGUGUAUCAAUGAAUCUCAUUUGUAGAUCGAGAAGUCUCUAUAUGAAAGAUGAACCAAAGAUUUUUCUAUGACAUGGAUUUUACUUUACCCAGGUAUGUUUUGCAACGCAACCCCCACAUUAAAUGAGGGAAGACUGUAGUGCGCACAAUGGCAAUUUAGGGUAGAUGUUUUUUGUGGAGCCAAUGAAUGACGUCAUUGAUCGGAUCGCUGAGUUAUGACAAAGUUGAUCAAUAUUUCAGCAUAAAAUGAUCAUGAUUGUCCAUUAAUGAUAUUACUGAUCAAAUUGACGUGAAGUCAAUUUUAAAUUGAUCCAAGGAGGACUAGACUUUCUGAGGGUCCUUUCUAAUAAGAUAACUACAGUUCAAUUGAGGUACUGUGCCACUUUCAACAAUCAUAUCAAAUCAAUCACAAAAAGUGCCUUCUACCAUCUGAAGAACAUAUCUAGAGUGAACUCUGAUGUGUCAAGGAGAUCAGGAAAAGCUCAUCCAUGCUUUUAUCUCAAGUAGACUUAACUACUGUAAUGAUCUUCUGACUGGACUCCCCAAAAACAGUAUUAAACAGCUGCAGCUCAUUCAGAAUGCUGCAGCUCAUGUUCUGACCAAAAUAAAGCAGUCAGAGCAUAUAACUCCAAUCUUACAGUCCUUGCGCUGGCUUCCAGUCAGCUUUAGAAUAGAUUUUAAAUCGUAAAUGAUUUUCUGCUACUGGUCUAGAAAUCACUAAAUGAUUUAGGUCCCGAAUACCUGAAAGAAAUGCUUACAGAAUACAAACCCAGUAUAGCUCCAAGAUCGACUGACUCAGGUUAAAUAGUGGUGCGCAGAGUCCAAAGCAAACAUGGUGAAGCAGCAUUUAGUUAUGCUGCACACAAAUGAAAUAAGUUGCCAACAGAGGUAAGGUCAGUUCCAAGUGUGAAUGUUUUAAAUCCAGGUUGAACACUUCUUUUUUCUCAUGCUUUUUAGAAUAUAUUCACUUUUUGAUCAUAUUACUUGGACUGUAUGCGGUUUCAAUGCUUCUUUUUUAAUAUUUUGUCAUUUUUGUUUUUAUCCUCUUUUGAAUGUUUUCUCUUUAUUUUCAAAUACCUUUAAUCAUGCAAAACACAUUGAAUUACCUCGUGUAUGAAAUGCGCUAUACAAAUAAAUUUGCUUUGCUUUGUUUUAAUGUGUAGGAAAUUGUCCACUUUCAGGGAAGAGGAAAAAUCCAGCAGUGAGACUGUACUCACUCACCAUGUUCUGUCUCCUUUGCUCUGAUAAAAUUAACUAUUGUAGUUAAAACAACAACAAGAUGGGAAGAGAAAUGUAGGAGGGAUUAUUUUAAAGGAAGAGCUGGGUAAGAAUGUCUUGGAGGUGAAAAGAGUAUCAGAUCGAGUAGGAUGGGACCUAGAUUUGAAAGAGAAAUUCUGGAAGGAACAAGAUGAAGUAGUUCUGAGCUUCCCGGACACAGAGAGAGUUGUGAUUGGUGGAGAUUGUCCUGGACAUGUUGCUGAAAGAAACGGGCAAUGAAGAAGUGAUGGAUGUCAGUGAAAAUCUUCGACCCCGGCAGCAGUCAGUGUCCCGUCACAUCAAAGAGGAAGAUGAGAGUGAAGAGCUUCAACGCAUCAAAGAGGAGGAGGAAGAGUUCCUUCACAUCAAAGAGGAAGACCAGGAGGAAAUCAUCCAGGUUCCAUCCACUGGUGUCCAUUUGAAGAGUGAAGCUGAAGAUCAAAGUGAGGAGAGACAAGCGGCGGAGCCUCCAAGCAGGAACAGCUCAAGUGUUGGAGACCACUGUAGAGGACCACAAACAGACGAUGAUGAUGAUGAACAAUCAGAAGGUGAUAUGACAUGUCACACUUCCAACAAAUGCUGUAAAUGUUCUCAGUGUGGGAAAAGUUUUGUUUCUAAGAGCAAUUUAAAACAACACAUGAAAAUACACACAGGAGAGAAGCCUUUUUCCUGCGCAGUUUGUGGUCAAAGAUUCACUCAGAAGGGCAACUUAAAAAUACACACAAGCAGACACACUGGUGAGAAACCUUUUUCCUGUUCAGUUUGUGGUCAAAGAUUCACAAAGAAGGGUUACAUAAAGUUACAUACAAGAAUACACACUGGUGAGAAACCUUUUUCCUGUUCAGUUUGUGGUCAAAGAUUCUCUCUAAAGGGACACUUAAAGUUACACACAAGAACACACACUGGCGAGAAACCUUUUUCCUGCUCAGUUUGUGGCCAAAAAUUCUCUGUAAAGGAAAGCUUAAAAAGACAUAGAAGGACCCACACUGGAGAGAAACCUUUUUCCUGUUUAGUUUGUGGACAAAGAUUCUCUCGGAAAGGACAUUUAAAAUGUCACACAAGAACACACACUUUUGAGAAACCUUAUUCCUGUUCAGUUUGUGGCCAAAGAUUCUCUCAGAAGGGAACCUUACAAAAACACAAAAGAACUCACAGUGAUGAGAAACCUUUUUGGUGCUCAGUUUGUGGUCAAAGAUUCUCUCAGGAGGGAAACUUAAAAAUACACACAAGAACACACACUGGUGAGAAACCUUAUUCCUGUUCAUUUUGUGGUCAAAGAUUCUCUCGGAAAGGACACUUAAAAGUACAUACACGAACGCACAGUGGUGAGAAACCUUUUUCCUGUUCCAUUUGUUGUCAAAGAUUCUCUUAUAAAUAUCAAGCUCAGACACACAAGUGUGCUGGUGAGGAUAGCAGUGACCAAUAAGGUUCUAAUGCAUGUGUGAAGAUUUAAAAAUGUAGUUGCUAUGUUACUGACUUAGGAAAAUAAACAUUCCUGUACGAG